AUGGCUGAUGUUACAUGGGAUGAAAUUCGUAGUUUACGUGCUGAUUUUCUUAAUUUACAAUUAACAGAAACAACUAAUAAAUUAUCAGAACGAAAUUGUGUUGAAUUAAUUGGUCUUUUAGUUAAAGAAGGUUUAUUAAAUGUUAUUUAUACAACUGAUGGAAAAGAUAUUAUCACUGAACAACGACUUAUUCGAGAAAUUCUCGAUGAAAUUUAUGCAAACGAAGGUCGUAUCAAUAUUGUUGAUUUAGCUCAACAUCUUAAAAUUGAUUUAAGUUAUAUUGAAAGUAAAGUUGGUGAUGUUUGUAAAGAAGAUCCAACAUUACAAUUUAUUUUGGGACAAUUUAUUUCAGCUGAAUAUACAAAUCGUUUAGUUGAAGAAAUAAAUGAUAUGUUAAUUGAACGUGGUCUUAUACCAUUUAGUGAAUUAAUUCGUCAAUUCGAUUUACCAACAGAAUAUUUAAAUACAAUUUUAACAAAUCGAAUUCUUAGUUCAUCAAUACAUAAUAUUAAAUUUGAAUCUGGUACAUUAUAUACAGAAAAUUAUGUUCGUUUACAACAAAAUAUUCUUAUUGGUUAUCUUCAAGCAGCAUUUUUACCUGUACGUAUCAAUGAAAUAAAUAAAAAUACACGUGUUAAUGAAAAUCUUAUUCAAAAUCUUAUUAUUAAUUUAAUUCGAGAUAAUCGAAUCAAUGGAAAUCUUAUUGGUACAACAAAAGAAAGUGCAAUAUUUUAUCCAAAACUUUAUAUUGAUGCUCAAGCUAAAUAUAUUGAAUCAUUUUUUUCUCAAAAUGGUUAUAUUGAAUAUACACUUGUACGUAAUCUUGGUGUAACUGAUCCUGAAGGACAAACAAAAUUAGUAUUAAAAGAUCGUAAUCAAAUACUUUUUUUAAUAUCUGGUUGUAUUGAUAAAUUAAAAUUUUUACCACAAUUAGAAAUGAAUAUUGAACAUGGUCUAGUUUCAAAUGAAUAUAUUGAUAUAACAACAUUAAUGCCAAAUAGUUUUAAUGAAAAUGAUAUUGAAAAAUUAUUUAAAAUAGAAAUAUCAAUUAAAGAAUUAAUUAAAUCAUUAGGUGGAGAAUUUCUAUCAAAUACAUUUAUUAUUGGAAAAGAAUUACAAGAAAAAAUCGAUAAGAAAUUAAAUGAAAUUUGUCAAGAAUGUGUUGAAAAAGAAUCUGCUCAAUGUACUCCACAAAUGUAUGCAGCUGUUCUUCAAGGUAAUAUUACAUUAGCUACUCCAUCAUUAGCAAAAGGUGCUACUGGAAAAAAACCUAAUGUUUCUACGGGUAAACGAAAAGGUGCAUCAAAAGUUGUUGAAGAAACAAAUCCUAAUCAAGAAACAAUUUCUUUUAUAAGUAAAGAUGAAAUAAAAACUCAAAUACGAACUAUUAAUGACGAAUUACCUGAUGAAAUACUUGAUUUAUUAACUGAUAAUCUUCAUAGUAUAAAAAGCCGUCAAUAUCUUGAUUUAUUUAUUCAACGUGUUAAAGAAAGUUUUAUAUUGAAAGAAAAUGAAACAACUAAUGAUACAACACGAAAGAAUGAAAUGAAAACUAUACAAGAAACUCUUAAACAAUUACAUGGAAAUAUUUGUAUAUUUUUACAUUCAAUUGAACAAUUAAUUACAGAAAAUGAAAUGAAUCUUGCUGAUACUUUACAACGACAUUUAAUACGUUCACUUUGUACUGAUAUGUGUGAUAUUAUCAUACGAGAAUUGGAUACAUCAGCAAGUGCUAAAACAGGACAAUUGAGUAUUGAAGAACGAAAUAAAAUUAUACAAAAAAUGUCUGAAUCAAGUCGAAAUCACUUAUCAAAAGUUAAUGAAUCACUUAAUGGCAAAAAUAUUGAAAUAACUUUAACUCGACUUGAAGAUGCAACUAGUGAAUUACUUCAAUUAAUAUUAAAACGACCAAAUAAAAAAACUGAAAAAGAUUUAAUAUUGGAUAUACGUGAAAAACUUAAAGCUAAAUUAACUGAAGAACAAGAUCCUGCAAUGAUUCUUCAUUUAACAGUAACUCUUCUAUUUUAUGCUGUAUAUAAUGGUCGACUUAUACAUGCACCAGGCAAAUCAGUACCAACAUUAAUUAAAUUUUUAUCAAAAAAUCUUCCAAAUAAUAUUAAUCAACGUUUACAUGAAAUGCAAGAUUUUGUCAUUCAACAAUCAACAACAGGAACUGAAAAUACACAAUUAUCAAAUGAAAAAAUUCAAUUUAUUAAAAAAUUAGGUUUAAGUGCAAAAGAAAAUAUGUCAUUUACAUCAUUUGAAAAUGAAACAUCGUAA